CACGCCGUUCUUUGAGCGAGUGCCCUUUACGUGUAUGCAGACCCGCAGCACGCGCGCCGCGACUGCACCCUCGAGGCGGGGAGGCUUAGAAGGGGCGAGUGCCCUUUGCGCUGCUGGAGACUGGAAUGGAGGGAAGCAUCCUUUCUCCGCCCCCUGCUUAAUUGAGGGGGACCAGGUUGAUUUUAAAACAAAGGACAAUUUUAUGCCACAAAGAGUUUUCAUGAGGAAAUUAAAGUGAGAAAUUAUAAACGUUGGAGCCGUGAGGCACAUAUAUUCUGGAGAAGCCUCCAAAAUCACUGUGUGGAGUAAGAUGAGAGCAAGGAGGACACCUGGAAGAAAUUUUACUUACUGUGAUAUCUUUAUCCAUCUUCUUGUCACAAAAGGCUGCUGAAGAAAGAAGAUAGUUUUUCCAGAGAAUGAAAGAGUGUAGUGUAAAAAUGGAACCUGCAGUUUCUGAGAUUCAAGUUGACAGUAAGGAUGAGAAGAGGCGAGCGGAAGCGAGUCCCCCGAAAGAGAAACAGGAAGGAAAAACAUCCAGGCUUUGCUUCAAGAGAAGAAAGAAGGUAGCCCAGGCGCAGAAGCUCAAGGCCAGCUCGGAGGCUGCGGAGGUGGCGGGGAAACGGCCCCCAGAUGCAGCAGCUCCUGAUCAGCCACAGCGCCCAGGGGGGACCUGGGCGUCCAUCAAGCAUCUUGUGACACGCAGGAAAAGGUCAGCUUCGUCAAAGACGCAGAAAUCAUUGGAGACUGAAGUACAAGCAGACACAGAGGCUAAGGAUGUGGAUAUUUCUAAGAAAAAGGCAAAAUCCAGACUUAGGAUUCCCUGCAUAAGAUUCUCAAGGGGGGCAAGAAGGAGUCACCAUUCCAAAAUUACAGAUGAUUCAGACAGCAACAUCCAAGUCCAGGCAGAGGCUGAAGGUUUGGAGAUACAAACUCAGACCCAGCCCAAUGAGCAGGCAAUAAAGGCCAAGCUGACCCCAAACAUAGGUGAAGGUGCCUCGCAGAAGGAUGGGGAGGUGGUCUGUGAAUCACUUGCUAGCAACAGUGUAACAUCUGGUGAGAAUGUGAUUUCAGUAGAACUUGGACUACAAAACAAGUGUGCUAUUCAGACAGGAGCUGUGGCCCUUGAAAAGGAAACUGAAGAGACUGAGGAAAAACAAACUAUUCAACCCCAGCCAGCAAGUCCCAUUAAAAGCCCAGAAACAGACAACCAGCGCCCAGAAGCUUUGGAUGUUCUGUCUACCCCUGCAAUUUCAGACCAGCACAGUGUGGUGGAAGAAUCCAGCAAGACUGUCCUAGAAAGUGGACCAGAUUGCAAAGAAGUUGAGAAUAGGGCCAGUGCAGCUGAAGAGGAUAAACCAGAAGAAACUGAACUGAAUCAAACAGAGAAAAUUGAACUGAAACAAGCAGAAGACAUUGAACUGAACCAGGCAGAAGAAAUUGAAUUGAAACAACCAGAAGACAUUGAACUGAAACAAGCAGAAGAAAUUGAAUUGAAACAACCAGAAGACAAUGGACUGAACCAGCAAGAAGAAAUUGAACUGAAACAAGCAGAAGAGAUUGGGCUGAAACAGGCAGAAGAAACUGAACCGAAACAAGCAGAAGAAAUUGAACUGAACCAGGCAGAAGAAAUUGAAGUGAAACAAGUAGAAGACAUUGAACUGAAACAAGCAGAAGAAAUUGAACUGAACCAGGCAGAAGAAAUUGAAGUGAAACAAGCAGAAGACAUUGAACUGAAACAAGCAGAAGAAACUGAACUGAACCAGGCAGAAAAAAUUGAACUGAAUCAAGCAGAAGAAAUUGAACUGAACCAGCCAGAAGAAAUUGAACUGAACCAGCCAGAAGAAAUUGAGGUGAAACAAGCAGAAGGUAUGGAACUGAAACAAGCAGAAGAAAUUGAGGUGAAACAAGCAGAAGGUAUGGAACUGAAACAAGCAGAAGAAAUGGAGGUGAAACAAACAGAAGAUAUGGAACUGAAACAAGCAGAAGAAAUGGAGGUGAAACAAACAGAAGAUAUGGAACUGAAACAAGCAGAAGAAAUUGAGGUGAAACAAACAGAAGAUAUGGAACUGAAACAAGCAGAAGCAACUGAACUGAACCAGGCAGAAAAAAUUGAACUGAAUCAAGCAGAAGACAUUGAAAUGAACCAGGCAGAAGAAACUGAAUUAAGCCAGACAACAGAUUUAAAAGAAAGUGGAAUCAAUGCAGAGAAACCCAAGUCAGAAGAAUGUAGAAGAAUGGAGCCAAUUGCUAUUAUCAUUACAGACACUGAAAUCAGUGAAUUUGAUGUUAAGAAAUCUAAAAAUGUCCCUAAGCAAUUCUUUAUUUCAAUGGAAAAUGAGCAAGUAGGGGUUUUUGCUAAUGAUAGUGAUUUUGAGGGGAGAACUUCAGAACAAUAUGAAACACUCUUAAUAGAAACUGCUUCUUCUCUUGUCAAGAAUGCGAUCCAGUUGUCUGUAGAACAGCUGGUUAACGAAAUGGUUUCUGAGGAUAAUAAAGUAAAUGCUGUUCUGCAGUGACUUUCUCUCCAGAGCCUGGGAGAGGGGGAAACAAGGCUUCAACAUGAACUGUUUUAUAUAUAUUGUGGCACUUCUUAUUUGGUAAUAAACUAGAGGUUUCUCAUCUUUGGAAUUUAAAGGUAUACUUGCAGACCAGAAGUGCUGAAGAAUAUAUCAAGUUUAUAAAACUCCCUUUAUCAUGGGAAUGCAGUCACUUCGUUUGGAGGCUUAGCACAGUGCAGUGCAGAGACUGAUCUACAGGGAGUUGCUAACAUGCAUAUGCAGAGGCUCUGGAGAAGGAAGGUGUGUUUAUUUAGCACUUUUUGGUAUGCCAUAUGCUCGUUACUGUCCCCCAAUGUCACAAAAUCUGGUUUCUUUUUGAUAGUUCAACCUUGUGUAUAGGUUAACAUUGCAUUCAGCUUUUUUAAAAAAACAUUGUUACAGUGCACUUUUACUUUGUCUAAAAUGGUGAAUAAGGUGAGCUGUUUUGUGAACAUGUGAUUUAUAGUUGGUACACUCCUCAGCAGUGGUCUUACCUCAAUUGUGUUUUCCUAAUUUCAGCAGUGUGCAGAACAUGCAUACUGACAUGAAACAAGACUGGCUUCCAGUCUUGCUCAAGGCCCUCACCAAAACCACUUACAAGUUCCCCUUCCUCUACCUUCCUCCUGCCAAGCAGAACUGUGAAUAUCUGGUACUGCGUGGGCUUAUCCACUGAAAGGGUAGGAAAGACAAACACAAACAAAAUAAAAUAUGGGAAGCAUCAGUUUGCAUGUAGGGGAACGCAAACUUCCCAGUGACACAGGAUACCUUGCAGAAUUACUUCUCAAGGUCCCAGAAAAUCAGGAUGUUCUAAUGAAAUAGCAUGUAUUCUUGGCAAACAUGAGCCAUCUAUACCGCUUAAUAAGAAUUGAAAUUGAUACUAAAGUACGUAUCUUCCACAUCAGUAUUUUUUUUUCCAUUGUAUCUGUGUGUGAAGACAAGAAAAAAGCAUUCUGGACACACAUGGAAAAUUAACUUUUUCAUCACAAUUUUCAGUCCAGCCAAUACUUCACAACUAUUAGAAGGGCUUUUCUGCACUUCUGUGGAAUUUUUGGAGGAGGUGUACCCGAUGCCAUCAGUGAUUUCCAUACUUUUUUUGAAAAAAUGAUUCAAUAUGUAUGUCUGUGAAAUGGCCACCAUACUGUAACAUACGGCCCAGCUUCACAGGUCAGGGUGCGCAUUGCACAGUCCCCUUGUCUAAGUGACAGUAUUCCUACCUGAAACUGAUAAAGUAAUGGAAGUACAGAAACAAACAGAAGACUUUGAGUUGUCUUAUAUUAUUAUAUUCUUAUAUUGCUUAUGGUGUGUGUGUGUGUGUGUGUGUGUAUGCUGAUUUUUCCUAUAAUUUCAAUUUUUCCCUAUAAAUACAUGUUGUGAUCUCUGACAGAAGAAACUAAUCUGGCUUUAGAAUUUAACCAAAUAAUGGAUAUUAUCUUGCUGAAGUGCGAAGAGAAUAUUUUCUCCAGACUUGCCUGUCGUCAUGCCUACUAUGGGUGGGUGGCACUCUUCAAUGUAAUAUGAUAAAAAGUGGGUCUUUUUAAACACACAACCCCCAAAAUCUAUUUCUUUUAAUUGUAUACCUUUUAGAUACUACAACAAAGAUCAUUGCUAAGUCAUCUUUAAAAAAAAAAAAAAAACCUCUUUAAUUCACUGUAUGUGGUGCUAAUGGACUUAGCUAGCAACAAGCAAAUGUCAUACUUAAAAAUUAACAAUUUUUAAAGCCUGACUAAGGUUGGUGCAUUUUAUGGUAUUUUGAAGAAUCCCAUAUUUAUUUACUAUAAGGUUGACUCUAAGCCAAUAUAUGUGCAUUGAUGCUAUUAGUAAUCUCUUAUGAAUGAACAAACACUACAACACUCUCCAGUUAUAAGUAUUUUGGAAAGUUUAGGAAUAUCUUUGGGAUUUUGAAAAAUCAGAACUGGUAAAUAUGUGACUUUUCUGGUUAACAGAGUAACAUUUUCAUCUAAAUAGUCUUAGAUUUAUUGUUUUUUCCUCCACUGCUGUUUGAUGAUAUAUUUUUAAUUAGAAUGCAGUAUUGAUUUGUCAUUUCUCCUCAGCCUUUUUAGUUUGUUUGUUUCUUUUGUUGUUGUUUUUUGUUUGUUUUCAAGGUAGGGUCUCACUCUGGCCUAGGCUGCCCUGGAAUUCACUCUGUAGUCUCAGGGUGCCCUUGAACUCACA